UAGGCGACCAUUUACUCUACAAAUAUGAAAUAGCUCUAGCCCUAGUCCUCUCCAUUCCUUCGGGCAAGAACUCUGGUAGGGCUGUCCGUACUCCGUUUUCAUUGUAUCAAGAGAUCGGGGCAGACGAAGAGGAACGAGAUAGAGGCGGAAAUUGCUUGAAGGAAUCGGAAUCUGUAAUUGAGUCUUGUGGCGCCUUCUUCCGCAAUGUUAUCCAGCUUCUAGGGUUUAAGUUGGUGUUUUCUUGCUAUUUUGUUGUCAGUAACUAAUGAGAGAGUGAGGGGAAUUGCUAGGUGUUGUAAUUGCACCCCUCUAUUGUGUUUUCCUUUUAUUGUUGUUCGAGGGUUUUCAAUUCAAUUUCCUGUAAAAGCCGUAAAAGAUUUAUUCUUUUUAUUUUGGUACCAGUGACUCUGGAUGGUAGUGUUAUAUUUCUUCUUUCUUUCUUUUUGUUUAAUCGCAAUUUCCUUCGCUCUUGUUUUUAGCUUGCAUAUAAAAGAAAAAAAAAAGAAUAAAAUAACUGAAAAUAAAAAAUUAAAAGAAAGGGCAGGAACCCUUGUUGUUGUAUCUCUAACUGCAAGCAAGAUCUUUUAGGGUUCCUUCCCAAACAUCUAUUUGUAAGAAAGAAAAUUCAUCCAUUUAGAGGAGAGAAGAGUUUGAUGGGCAGUUCAGUUGUGGCCAAGCGUGGUAAUGGAUAUCUUGGGGUCACUGAACCAAUCUCCUUGAGUGGCCCUACAGAAUUAGAUGUGAUCAAGACUAAAGAGUUGGAAAAGUUUCUCGAAGAUGCUGGGUUGUAUGAAAGCCAGGAAGAAGCAGUAUCGAGGGAGGAGGUCCUAGGGAGGUUGGAUCAGAUAGUGAAGAUCUGGAUAAAAAGGAUCAGUAAGGCAAAGGGUUUUAACGAGCAGUUUGUUCAAGAAGCCAAUGCAAAGAUCUUCACAUUUGGGUCUUACCGCCUUGGGGUGCAUGGCCCUGGGGCUGAUAUUGACACGUUAUGUGUUGGACCAAGACAUGCAACUAGAGAAGAAGACUUUUUCACAGAACUUCAUAACAUGUUGGCUGAGAUGCCUGAGGUAACAGAGCUUCAUCCAGUGGCUGAUGCUCAUGUACCAGUGAUGAAAUUCUGUUUUAAUGGGGUCUCUAUAGAUCUUCUAUAUGCUAAAUUGGCACUUUGGGUGAUACCUGAAGACCUGGACAUCUCACAGGAUUCUAUAUUACAAAAUGCUGAUGAGCAAACUGUUCGUAGUUUAAAUGGUUGUAGAGUAACAGAUCAAAUUUUACGUUUGGUCCCAAGCAUUCAGAGUUUUCGUACAACCUUGAGAUGCAUGCGAUUAUGGGCAAAACGUCGUGGUGUUUACUCAAAUGUUGCAGGGUUCCUUGGUGGUAUAAAUUGGGCGUUACUUGUUGCCCGCAUCUGUCAAUUAUAUCCUAAUGCCUUGCCCAGUAUGUUGGUAUCUCGGUUUUUUAGGGUUUACACGCAGUGGCGGUGGCCAAAUCCAGUGAUGCUAUGUGAGAUAGAGGAGGGUACACUUGGGCUUUCUAUUUGGGAUCCAAGGAGAAACUUUAAAGACAGACAUCAUAUAAUGCCUAUAAUUACUCCUGCUUAUCCAUGCAUGAAUUCAAGUUACAAUGUAUCAUCAAGUACAUUGCGUGUUAUGACUGAAGAAUUUCAGCGAGGGAAUGAGUUUUUUGAGGCAAUGGAGGCAAACGAAGCUGACUGGGGCACUCUUUUUGAACCUUAUCCUUUUUUUGAAGCUUACAAAAAUUAUCUAAAGAUUGACAUAACUGCUGCAAAUGAAGAUGAUCUUAGGAAGUGGAAAGGCUGGGUAGAAUCCCGACUUCGCACACUAACAUUGAAGAUUGAGAGGCACACAUUUGGAAUGCUUCAAUGCCAUCCUCAUCCUAAUAAUUUCUCAGACAAAUCAAGAAAAUUCCACUACUGCUAUUUCAUGGGUUUACAAAGGCAGCAAAGAGUUCCAGUGCAUGAAGGUGAACAAUUUGAUAUUAGGGCAACAGUUGAAGAGUUCAAGCAAACUGUCAAGAUGUAUGUUUUAUGGACAGAAGGAAUGGAGAUCCAGGUUUCUCAUAUAAAGCGUAGAAGCAUUCCACUUUUUGUUUUCCCUGGUGGAAUCAAGCCUCCUCGCCCCUCCAGGGCUGCUUCUAGUGCAGAUGGCCAUAGCAUUUUGAAAACUAAGGCCAAUAAUAUGGUGCAGGCUAGUAAGCCCAGUGAGGCCAAUAGUAGUUGUAAUGUUGACAAAAUUGCUGGCGCAGCUGAUGAGGCUGCAGUUACUUCUAAUGAUCAUUUCUUUGACACAUCCGAAAGCAACCUUGGAGAUGCUUAUGGCAGUUCAGAUUUGACAACUAAAUUAAGAAAGAGAAAGCAAAUGGAUGAUGCUUUUGAGAAUAAGGCUGAUACAAAACUUGCGUCUGUUCAUUCAAAGAAAUCACCUGAAAGUGUUGCAGCAACAUCUGAAGAUACUUAUGGCAGUUCUGAUUUGACAACUAAAUCAAGAAAGAGAAAGCAAAUGGAAGAUGCCUUUGAGAAUAGGGCUGAUACAGAAUGCCCGACUGAUCAUUCAAAGAAAUCACCUGAAGGUGUUGCAGCUACAGCUGAUGGUGUGGAUCACCAAGGAAUAGGCUCAGAUAACCAGACUUCUAAAGAAGCUGAAUCAAUAGCAAUAAAGAAUAUCUUAGGUAGUCCAUCUACAGUUCUUGAAGCUUCGUCAGGGGAGCUUGAUGAUCAUCAUUUGCAAACAAAGGAUGAAAACUUAGUAGAAGCUGGGAAUGGCAGCCCAAAUUUACAUCCCACUACAAAGAAUAUCGGGACUCAAAUUGGAUCUUCACAAAAUCAAAAUUCACAAGAUGUACAUAUGGCUAAUGUAGCCCUGGAGGAGCUUGAGCCUGCAGAGCUAUCCGUUCCAUUCAGUGAACCUGCCGCAACUACAACCCAGCGCAAGCCACUUAUUAGGAUAAGUUUAACCUCUGUUGCAAGACCAGUUGCAAGAAGUCAAUGAGCGAAAUCCCAGAACAAUGUACCAAUUUGUAUAAUGACGCUUUCAUUCCUGGAAGCAACAAGAUCGAGAAAGGAGCAAUUGGAUGGAUGGGAUUUUUCACUUAUUUAGGUCAUGGAGCUUACUUCGAUCUGUUGGUUGGGAAAUUUGGCUAUGAAUUAAGAGGUUUUGGGUUCGAAAUUUAUGUAUGUGAUGUGUGUGUGAGUUUACUUUAAUUGGCUAAAAAAAAAAAAAAAAAAAGGUCAUAUGCACUUUCCUCUGUAACUAACAGCUAUGUUACUUUCCUCUGUAAUGAUAUAUAAAGCCUGGAAAGUUUUUCGCUUGCACCUUUUUA